AUGGUCUCCAACGAAGGCCAACAAUACUUGGGGAUUCUUAAACUGCUUCAGCAUUUUGGAUGGACCUGGAUCGGGAUCUUCUUUCAUGACAAUGACAAUGGGCAGACUUUUCUGCAGACUCUGGAAAGUUUGUUUUUCCAGAAUGGCAUCUGCACAGCUUACAGGCAAAAAAUCCCACAGCGCAUCCGCUUUGAUAACAUUGAAGAAAUGCUCGAAAUAACCUCGUAUAUCGACGUACCUUUAACUGAUCACAAAACCAAGGUGUUCCUCCUCUAUGGAGAAUCAGUGACCCUGGCCCAGCUGAGGACCAUUCUAUUCAAACAAGACCUCAGAAAUAACUUAAAAGAUUCAUUGAUGAAAGUAUGGGUCAUGACAAGUGGAAUUGAUUUCACACUACCCGCCUUGCAAAGAAGUUGGGACCUGAACUUUUUUCAGGGUGCCAUUUCCUUUACAUUUCACUCCAGAGAACUUCCGGGGUUCAAUAAGUUUCUUGAAGGCAUAAAACCAUCCAAGACCAAAAGUCAGAGGUUCCUGAAGGACUUUUGGGAGCGAGCGUUUGACUGUACUUUUCCCGAUCCUGAUAUGGAAAUUGAGGAGGAUGACAUGUGUACUGGCAAAGAGAGAUUACGGGAUCUCCCCAGGCCUCUGUUUGAGAUGGAAACCACUGUACAUAGCUACAGUAUCUAUAACGGUGUUUAUGCAGCAGCACAUGCUUUGAACGCCAUGCUGUCAUCUCAGUCCCAUCAGAGAUCCUUCAGGAAGGUUCAAACCGCUGAUCUUUUUGAGCUGCAACCUUGGCAGCUCCAUCCCUACCUUCAAAGGGUUUCUUUCAACAAUUCAGCUGGUGACGCAGUGUCCUUCAAUGAGCAAAAGGAAAUGAGAGGUGGAUUUGACGUUGUGCACAUGGUCAUUUUUCCAAACCGGUCCUUCGAGAGGGUGAAAAUUGGUUGGAUCGAUCCAAAUGGACACCAAGAAGAUGAAUUGGUCAUCAGGGACAAUAGGAUUUUGUGGCAUAGAGCUUUCAAUCGGACUUGUCCCCUUUCAAUAUGUAAUGAACAGUGCCGUCCUGGAAAUCAAAAGAAAAAGAAGGAAGGGGAAACAUUUUGUUGCUAUGACUGUGUUCCUUGCCCUGAAGGGGAGAUUUCAAACAAAACAGAUAUGGAAAAAUGCUUCAAAUGUCCAGAAGACCAAUACCCAACCAAAGGAAAAGAUGACUGCAUCCAGAAAAUUGUAACAUACCUUUCUUACAGGGAACCUCUAGGGUUUACUUUGGCCUCCAUUUCUAUUUCAUUGUCUUUGAUCACUGUUCUCAUAUUAGGGAUAUUCCUUAAGCACAGAGAUACCCCUCUGGUCAAAGCCAACAACCAGGACCUCACCUACAUUCUCCUUAUCUCCCUCCACUUCUGCUUCCUGUGUCCUCUCCUGUUCAUUGGUCAACCCGGUGAGGUCACUUGCCUUCUCCGACAACCGACCUUUGGCAUCAUCUUCUCCGUGGCUGUUUCUUGCAUCUUGGCCAAAACCCUCACUGUGGUUGUAGCCUUCAUGGCUACCAGGCCAGGCUCCAACAUGAAGAAAUGGGUGGGAAAAAGGAUGGCAACCUCCAUUGUCCUUUUCUUCUCUCUCAUCCAAGUUGGUCUUUGCGCCAUCUGGCUAGGAUCUUUCCCUCCAUUCCCACAGUUGAACAUGCAUUCUGUGACCGAGGCCAUCAUCAAUGAAUGUAACGAAGGCUCUACGGUCAUGUUCUCCUGUGUCCUAGGCUACAUGGGCUUCCUGGCUCUUGCCAGCUUCUUUGUGGCCUUCUGUGCUCGCAGAUUACCGGACAGCUUCAAUGAAGCCAAAUUCAUUACCUUUAGCAUGCUGGUAUUUUGCAGUGUUUGGGUCCUAUUUGUUCCAACUUACCUGAGCUCCACAGGAAAAGCCUUGUUUGCUGUGGAGAUCUUCUCCAUCUUAGUUUCUAGUGCUGGAUUACUGGGAUGUAUCUUUUCCCCUAAAUGCUACAUCAUCCUGUUGAAACCUGAGCUGAAUACCAAGGAUCAGCUAGUAAGAAGAAAGACCUGA